UGAUUGAAAAGAAACUAUAGAAAAAUAGUAUAAUAACAGUUUAGAAAAAAAAAAAAACAAAAAAAAAAAACAUGGAUAAGGCCAGAGAUGGACAAAAAAACCGGUUCGCGAAAGGAAGCUGAUUGAAACAGAUGGCUGAAACCGAAGCAACCCGUUGGUUUGUAAUCGGCCCAAGAGCGAAACCCAUUAAAAAGGAACCGAAACUUUCUCCUUACUGACCCAAAAGCCCAACACCCCAUCCCUAACAAAAGAAAGAACAGAACAGAAACGAAAAGAAGCAAGAAGACACAAGAAUGGCGAUGGCGAUGGAGGAGGAAGCAUAUAUACCAGAAGAGUGGUCCGAAGCAGCCGCCACCAUAGCUUCAGCUUCUGCUUCUGGUGGUAUAACGGCCUUCAUAUGUGGCCCCAAAAACAGUGGCAAGUCAACCUUCUCUCGUCAUCUCCUUCAACUUCUCCUUCCUCGGCACAAGAGAGUUGCUUACUUAGAUUCUGAUGUUGGACAACCUGAAUUUACCCCUCCUGGAUGUCUCUCACUUACUAUACUCGACAGUGAAGCCACUGAUAUGAAACCUCAGCCAGAAAGAUGUUUUUUCUUUGGUGACAUAUCUUCCAAAAGAGACCCCCAGAUUUAUCUCACAUAUAUAUUUGCCCUAUACGAUCACUAUUCAACUACCAAUAGUGGGGUGCCCCUAAUUGUCAACACCUCCGGUUGGGUUAAAGGUAUCGGGUAUGAUGUACUUGUGGAUAUGCUGAACCACAUUGCUCCUAGUCAUGUGGUUAAUAUUCGUAUUUCUGCUAAAAGUAAGAACCUACCCUCUGGAGCAUUUUGGUCACAAGAUGGGGAUGCUCGGGCCAUAACCCUACUUGAAAUUAAUUCUGCCCGCCAAGACUCCUUAAAUAGAUCGGUUCUGGUACAUAAGAAGGAUUCAAGCCACAUGCGGGAUUUAAGUAUAGUGACAUAUUUCAGACAGUGCUUUUGUGGUGACAUGAAUAUGAGCUCAAUUAAGGAAAUUGCUCUAGCGUUGGCUGCUCACUCUCCUUAUGAAGUUUCCGUGUCAGCUGUCAACAUUAAGCACCUUCAUUGUGAGGUGCCAAAAGCUGAAAUUUUCUACAGUUUGAAUGCAAGUAUAGUUGGAUUGGCAGUUAAUUCUGAAGGUUCUGAGCAUCCACCUCGCUGUGUUGGCCUUGGGAUUGUUCGAGGAAUAGACACUUGGAGACGGGUUCUUUACAUAAUAACUCCUGUUCCAUCAAAUGUUCUGGAGGAAGUUGAUGUUCUACUACAAGGGUUCAUUCAGAUUCCUGCUUGCUUGCUUCAGGUACAGGGCUGUGUUUCACCAUACAUGGCUUCAAAUGUGCUGCCUGGGAUUUGAAGUAGAAAGACAAUGACAUACAUCGUUUAUUGUUUGCCCAAAUUUUUCUUAGUCCUAUGUUUUGCGUAUUAUAUUUAUUUUCCUCAUAAAAACCUCCUUUUUUUUCGGAUUUAUGAUCAGGCUAAUAUAUGGUUUCUUUAGUUCCUAA